CGCACAUUGAAUUUGCUGGUUAUUUUUUCUGAAUUUGUUCCUGGCGUGCUACGAAUUGUAUCCUUGUUUGCCAUUAUGUCGAGACUGCUGGCGAAAUCACCCCUAGUAAACCGAGUGUUCCGAAGGACCUGUACAAUUACCUCUCUCCCAAAUACUGCCUCGAUUGGAACACCUACUGGAGAACGUGAGGUCGAGGAAGUACGCAUACCGGUGCCGUAUGGAGAAAUAGCUGGCAAAUGGUGGGGACCGAAGGAGGUGCGUCCCAUUGUGGCUUUGCACGGAUGGCAGGACAACGCAGGCACUUUCGAUAAGCUGAUUCCUUUACUUCCGCCUCACAUAAGCGUAUUGGCUCUGGACUUACCAGGUCACGGUUUGUCGUCUCGAAUUCCCGAUGGAAUGUCCUACAAUACUAUGGAUAGCGUUAACUUGCUUACCCGAAUCAUGAUGAUAUAUCGUUGGAAGAAAAUUUCACUGAUGGCCCAUUCUAUGGGUUCCAUCAUAAGCUUUGUGUUCUCAUCCGUGUUCCCGGAUAAUGUUGAUCUGUACGUGGGUAUAGAUGCUCUCAAACCUCACAUUCUGGAAACAGAAAAAGUUGGGCCUCGUUUGGAGAGACGCAUUCCCCAGUGGCUGUUGGCAGAUGUUAGGAACCGCGAAAAAAGUAAACCGCCUUGUUACACUUUCGAAGAGCUGGUCGAAAGAUUAUGCAAAGCCACCAACCAAUCGGUUACCAAAGAAACUGCUUCGUAUCUGUUGCAUCGAAACAUACUGAAAUCUGCCACAGAACCCGACAAAUACUAUUUCUCUCGCGACAGUCGUCUCAAAUAUAGUUUCCCAUUGGGCUGGAGCCAGGAGACAUGUGUGGCCCUCGCAAAACGGUUGAUGAUGCCCUACAUGUUCAUCAAGGCCCUUCAUUCGCCGUACUACGAGGAUAAGAAGUACUUUGACGAAGUGGUCGAAGUAGUGAAGAGAAACAAUCCCAACUUUCGACUCGAGUUUGUCGACAGUACACAUCACUUGCAUCUGACCGAACCACACAAAGUGGCACCGAUGAUUACGGAAUUUCUUAACCAGCACUGGCACAAAGAAGAGCUGAGUGCUCGAAAGUGUACUAGAUAG